CAGCACCAAAUGGAAUAGAAAAAACUCGUCAUCGAAUAGAUGAAACGUUAAGAGAAAGCCCAGAAAAGAAACAAGCACCUAAAAAAAAACUUUAGAGAGAGAGAGAGCCAUGGAUCACAUUAACAUACAACAACAUGCGGCAACCCAGGAAGCAGUUGAAGAACACAAGCAACCCCUUUUGGGAGACGAACCACCAUCAACGCCACCACCGGAGUUGCCUCCCCGGAAGACCAAGACAAAACGUCCGGCGAGAAAGGCUAUGAAGAAGACUUUCAAAGCAACCGAGUUGCUCACAAAGCUUCUCCCCACGGGGUCUGUCCUAACCUUCCAAAUCUUGUCCCCGAUUCUCACAAACCAAGGGAGAUGCUUGAGCGUAAUAAGUAAAUACAUGGCUCUCUCCCUCCUUACCCUCUGCGGCCUUUCCUGCUUCCUCCAAUGCUUGACCGACAGCUUUAGGGAUGCCAAGGGAAAGAUCAGGUAUGGGCUGGCGACAUUCAAUGGGUUAUGGGUGAUGGAUGGAUCCGUGAAUAAGCUGUCAGUAGAGGAAGCAAAACAAUACAGGUUGAGGUUCAUUGAUUUCUUCCAUGCUACGAUGAGUGCUCUUGUUUUCGCAUCUGUGGCGUUGUUCGACAAGAAUGUGGUGAGCUGUUUUUUUCCAGAGCCCACGGAGGAAGUGAAGGAGUUGCUUUCGACCUUGCCUUUGGGGAUUGGGUUGGUCAGCAGCUUGUUGUUCCUUGCUUUUCCUACCAAGCGUCAUGGAAUUGGCACCCCUGUCUCUCAACAAUGAAUGAACCUAUAACAAUGGGCUUUUCCUAGUUUUUGCUUAUGUAAUCUCAUUUGUGAUUUGUUGUUUUGUGUUUCCUCUAACCAUUUCACAAAUACUAACAUAUUUUUUAAAAAUUUGAUAUAAAUUGAACACCUUAUUUGGCAUGCCAAUUUAUCUAUUCUCUAUUAACAAAUUAUUAGGUUGAGACUUGUUAAAAUUAGAGCCUUCGGCUGGGAGUCGCAUACUAAAGCUUAUCAUGGUUAUGUAAGUUUGGAACGUAAGAACUUACAACAUGAUGACGGAAGUAGAAAAAAAUAAAUUAGUUUUGGAAUG